GACCAUGCGCCCGUCUCUACUGUUGGUCUGCGCACUCACACUCUCCGGCGCUCAAGCCUCUUGGUUUGGGUCCGACGCACCAGCAUAUAAAUCUUGGGAUGAAGUCGAGACCAGAGCAUGGCUCGAGGCGCACAACAUCCAAGCGCCCAAGGGCUACUCAAAGUCUGAACUCCAGAACCUCGUCAAGGCCAACUGGAACUCGGCGUCGUCAUGGACCGCCGACCAGUACUACAAAGCCCAGCAGGUCUUUGCCGACGUGAAGGACUCUACCUUCGAUACAUGGGAUGAGUCGAGAUUGCGGGAAUUCCUUCUCGAACAGGGUGUUGUCCAGCCUUCCGGCCCGCGAGAGUCGCUCGCGCUCAUGGCGAAGCAAAAAUACCGCGCAUACACGAGCGCCGCAUCUUCCUUCUCUUCCUCCGUUUCUACCGCCGCAUCCACUGCCGUCUACGGCGACCGCACCCAACAAGCCAGCAAGUCCGCAACUUCCCUGGCGAGCCAAGCUAGCCAGUCCGCGACCUCGAUCGCAAGUCAGGCAUCCGCAUCUGCGGCCUCCGCGUACACGGUCGCGUCGAACUCUGCAUCUUCGGUUGUCGCGGCUGCAACCACUCCGGUUACGCGCAAGCUCGACGAAACCAAGGACUACGUGUACUCGUCGUGGGAUGACAGCGCACUUCGCGCCUACCUCGAGGAGAAGGGCGUCGUCGAGCCCAAGGCGAAGACCACCCGCGAGCAGCUCCUGUCCUAUAUGCAAGACACCUAUGCGAAAACCGCUAACCCCGUCUGGCGCGCCUGGUCCGACUCGUACACCCGCGAAUGGCUCGUGACGCAUCACCUCCUCAAGUCGGACGAGCAGAAGCAGCGCGAGGCGCUUCAAGACCAGAUGGCGAGGUACUACUACGACACGAAGGAGACAGUCUACUCGAGUUGGGACGAGAGCCAGCUGAAACAGUGGCUGAUCGAGCACAACAUCGUCAAGUCGGACGCGCAGGUCGAGCGCGAGAAGUUGCAGCGGCUCGUCGCGGACAACUACGCGAACGCGCAGGACACGAUCUGGGCUUCGUGGAAGGAUUCGGAUAUGCGCGACUGGCUGAUCGAGCACGGAUACCUCCGCACGGACGCGCAGAAGUCGCGCGACGAGCUCAUCCGGCUCAUGAACCAGAAGUACGACAAUGCCUCCACCCGCACCGCCGAUUAUCUCGUCUGGCCGGACGCCCGUCUCCGCGCCUACCUCCGCAACCGUGGUCUCUCUGAGGGCGCGCUGCCGACUAGCCGCCCCGGUCUGCUUCAAGAGGUCCGCAUCCGCUGGGUGCAGACUAACAGCCGCGUCGAGGCGCUGUACGAGAAGAUCAGGGAGAACCUGUACUCCGGCGUCGAACUCGCCGAGGAGAAGCUCGGCCAGAUCCUGAGCGUUCUCACCGGCUCGGCUCACAGCGCUGCGUCGUCGGCGUCCUCCGCCGGUGCGUCUGCAACUGGCAAGGUCGCCGCGUCUGCCUCUUCUGCGAGCGCGAAGGCUGCCGCUAGCGCGUCCUCGGCGUCGCUCAAGGCAGCUGCCAGCGCUUCGUCGGCAUCGGCCAAGGGAUCCGCGAGCGCGAGCAGCGCAACCAAGGCGGCGAAGGAGACGGCGUACGACGCGAAGGCGGCUGCCGCCGACUCGAAGGAGCAAAAGAAGGGCUGGUUGAAGGGCAAGGCAAGCAGCGUUAGCGUCGAGAGCGCGAAGAAUACGGCGAAGGUCAAGGGCGAGCUGUGAAAAAGGGGAAAGAACUUGACUGACGAGUUACGAACGAUACGACGCUAGCGAUUGCAUGUGACCACCUAUCUGUAGCGACCAGUAAUCAUUGUAUGAUAGUAGUAAU